AUAUCUUCGCAGGAGCUGCCAGUGGAUACCCUAGGACCUGACCUGGCUUCGCAGAUCGAGGCCUCUCUCAAGGUCAAGCCGUCGAACGAGGUGGCAUGCGCUGCAUCUGCAAGACUGUGGGAACGUAUUCUUGAGAGCCACAGCUGCAAGAAGCUCUGCAAGAUACAGAGCUGGAGGCAUGGAUUCGACAAACGCGAUAUUCUGUACUGUUGGAUGCGCAGAGACAGCGAGUCGCUGUUGCUAGUGCGCUUAUACAAGAUCGGGCAAGGAUUCAGCGCUAGCCAACGCUGGCGAUCCAUAACGACGGCGGAUGGUGCGUUCCCGUAUUGCAAGCUGCAGCGACGCCAGAUCGAGGAUAUCCGCGACCUGUGGCAGGCCAUAAGCAACAUGGACGGCGCCGCAGGCAUGUUCAUCAACAUGCACUGCAUCGAAACCAACAUUCUCGAGGGGACAUUCCAGUUUGAUUUGUCGAUGCAGAAAAGCCUGAUACUGCACGGAUUCGAUAAUGCAGUCGGCCCUGUAAAGUACUCGGGCAUUGUAGGCGGAGCUGUGCGGAACCGCACCGUCGCGUUGUCGAUCCUGCGCGAUACUCGUCAGGCCUGUGACGCAGUCCAUGGUCUCGUCAAAGCCGACACUGUGACGCUGACUGUGAAAGCGAUCUGCGAUCUGCACAAGACCUUGAUGCAGACCAGCCAGGUCUUGUACGUCAAGACGCUGCACGGGUCUCAGCUCUCCUACGUCACCAUCGGAGCGACCCGACAGCGCUCAUGCGUCAAUGUGAUGGUACAGAGCGCGUCCGUGAAGGUCCAGUUCUGCCCAUUCGACCAAGUCGAGGCAGAACUGGAAGCGUUCUGCGAGAAAUUCAAUGACCUCAUCGGACGAGAUGACGUGGACCCGUUCGCAACAGCAGCAUGGGUCCAGCAUACAUUUGUCAGCAUCCACCCAUUUGAGGAUGGUAACGGACGACUUUCGAGAAUCCUCUCGUCGAUACCGCUGUUGCGAAUGGGAUUGCCGCCGCUUUGCAUCCAGGCAGAAAUCAAGAACAUCAGGGCGAAUCGGGAUGGAGACUACCGGGAGCUGAUGGAGUUUCUGUGGACAGGGACAAAGACGUCGUUGGAUAUGGUUAAGCUGAUCGCUAAGACGGAGAGCGACAAUACGGCAGAGCACCACGCGACUCAGGACUGCGAAGUGGGCGCAUAG